CAAGCAGCGGUACCAACCCAGGCACCAGCAGAAACAACAGCAUCAGCAUCAGCACCAGCACAAGCAACGGGUCCAGCACAAGAACCAGAACAAGAAACAGCACCAGAUCCAACACUAGCACCAAUGCCACCACCAGCACCAGCGCAGGCACCAGCAGCAGCACCAACACCAGCCCCAGCACCAACACCAGCAACAUCACAAGGAACGGCAAAGACACCAGCACCAGCAUUAGCACCAACACCAGGAUCAGCACAAGCAGCAGCUCGAUUACCAGCAUCUGCACAAGCACCAGCAAUAGCAGCAGCAACCGCACCACCACCAGCAACAGCACUAAGCACCAGGACAGCCACAAGGACCAGCACCAGCACCAGCUCCAGCACUCAUAAAGGCCCCAGCACAGGAACUAGCACCAGGACCAGCACCAGAACCAACACCAGCACCACCACCACCAACACAACCAGCCUAAGCACCAGCAUCAGCACCAGCUCCAGAACUAGCACAGGCACCAGCAGAAAACCAGCACCAGCACCAGCACCAGCACCAACUUUAGCACUAGUACAGACAACAGCACAAGCACUGGCACCAGCCCAAGCACCAGCACAGGCACCAGCAACAGUACCUGCACCAGCUCCAGCACUAGCACCAAGACCACAACCACCACCAGCACCAGCCCAAGCACCAGGACAGGCACAAGCACCAGCACAAACGCCGCCACCAGGCAAGGCACCAGCACAAGCACCAGCACUAGCACCAUCACCAGCACAGGCUCCAGCACAAGCACCAGCUCCAGCACCAGCAGCAGCACCAGCACCAGCCUAAGCACCUGCACCAUUUCCAGCACCAGUACUAAGUACAAGGACAGGAAGAAGGCCCAGCACCAGCACUAGCAGCAGAACCAGCACCAGCCUAAGAUCCAGUACCAGUUCCAGCACUAGUAAAGGCACAAGCACCUGCACUAGCAACAGCACCAGCACCAGCUCCAGCACUAGCACCAGCACCGGCAACAGCAACAGAACCAGCACCAGCACAUACCCGGGUCCAGCACAAGCAACAGCACCACCACCAGCUCCAUCACCACCACCAGCACCAGUACCAACCUAAGCACCAGGAAAGGCACCAGCACCAGCAU